CUUGCUUCGAAGAACAAAAAAGCAGAAAUGGCUUUGAUUAUUGGAAUUACAUCCAUAUCUUUAUGUUUAAUUACAUCAGCCAUUGCCGGUUCUCCUGGCGACGUUCUCCAGCUGGACUAUCCAAAUGUGAAAAUAGCUGCCCAGAAGAAUGGAACAUUUUUGGGACAGUCGGGACAGAACGGCGACAUCUACAUCCAGCCAAAACGAAACGGCUCAGGAACAGUAAUGUUUGAUGGCUAUGAUCUCCAGGAAAUUAUUGACAUCAUCAACAAUAUGCCUCCAAUAUGGCGUCUACAUGGACAUGUCGGCUACUCGGGGACGUUUGAGGGUGGCUCGGGCAUAGCGAUUCCUCUGGAAGUGUUGGACCCCGAAAGUCAGGACGUUCGCUUUGAACUUGUUGCUGGAGAUUUUCCUACCGGUCUAAGUAUAGUGAAAAAUCCCUGGAGAAUUCAAGGUAUUGUCCCGGAUGAAGACGCCAUUUUCACGUUCACCAUCCGGGCACUUGACACAAGUGAUAAGUACGCCGAUGCAGUUUUCAAGAUAGAAACACUAGAGGUAGACCAGUGUGUCCGUGAAAUGUGCCACAACAAUGGACAAUGUAAUAAUACCAACACUCUUCGUGGGUUUACCUGUACAUGCCCGACGGGGUACGGGGGACCAACUUGUGAUGUCAGCUGUAACAGGACUGCUCUUGGUGUAGCGAACGCAUCAGUGAUCCCAGACGCACAGCUGAGCGCCUACCUCUCUCGGUAUUUAUCAAAGGCAUUAGACGGUCGGUUGUCAAGAACCGGAAACCAUUGGUGUGGUGAAAACGCCAACUCAUGGUUACAAGUGGAUCUGGGUAGUCAAGCACAGAUAUUCCUGAUAGAAACAGCUGGGGCAAACUCAACGUUCUAUGUGAAGACGUAUACACUAUCAUACAGUACUGACGGAACCACCUUCGAUAUCGUAAACGAUCUCAAUAGUACCAGUGUACAUACGUUUCAGGGUUCAAUUAGUGCAGAGUACCAGUCCCUGCCUGAACCUAUAGAAGCACGGUUUGUCCGGAUCCACCCGAAAACCUACAAGAGCGGGUACUACCCCUGCUUUCAAGUUGAAAUGUAUGGAUGUUGUCUUUGAUGGAUUCCUUCCUCUUUCAAGUCGGAUACGUAACUACUGGAUCUAGCUUUCGCAACAGUCUGAUAAUAUAACAAAUGAUUUCACGAUGUCAAAAUUGCUUCCUUUUCUUUUGUCCAGCUUGUCUAUUGUAAGCAUCUCAUUGAAAUUCGAUUGACUAUUGUUUGAAUUACAUGAUGCAUCUUUUAUUACAAAAAUAAAUCUUUCUCAACAUCAAAAAA